AUGAAAUUAAGUGAUAAAGUUGAACUUGAGUCAAUGUCAAGAUAUGUAUCUCCUGUCAAUCCUGCAGUUUUUCCACAUUUAACAAUUGUUCUUCUUGGAAUUGGAAUAUUUUUUACCGCUUGGUUUUUCGUUUAUGAAGUAACUAGCCCAAAAAAUACUAGAAAUUUAUUUAAAGAACUUCUUGUCGCUUUAGUUGCUGCAUUUUUUUCUGGUUUCGGAGUUUUAUUUUUAUUACUAUGGGUCGGAAUAUAUGUUUAA